AUGCCUCUCCCUCCAGCGUCACCAUCUCUGCUCCCCCGCCCCCCGUCUUCUGUGGCUUCGGCCAGAAAACAUCGGCGAAAGCAGAUCCGCCGGGCCCGAGAAGAAGCCCAGGCCCAGGCCCAGGCACAAGCGCAACCACAACCACAACCGCAGCCUCAGACACAAGCACAGGCAGAGGCAGAGGCAGAGGCACAGGCUCAGAUUCUGGCCGAGGCCGCGGCAGAAGCAGCAGCAACAGAAGCAGCAGCCCAAGGAGAAGAAGAAGAAGAAGAGGAAGAGGAAGAAGGAACCGGACGAGAGGUGGCUGUGGCCCUUUGGCCGGUUAUACAAGCGGUGGGGUUUUUGCUUGGCGCGGCCGUAUUAACAAUCAUGUCUAUAGUGUUUCACGAUUAA